UUCUGGGUUUCUUGCUAAUUUUUCCAUAACUAUUCUUGAUUUUUUUGGCUGCUGAAUGCUGUUCUUGCUAAUUUUUCCAUGAAAUCUUGAUUUUCUAUGGCUUCUGAAUGCUGGGAAGUUCCCUUAUUCUUGUAGAGAUGGUGGAUUCUUAUGUAGAAAUCAAGUGCUGAUAUGUAGUGAAGAGUUGAAAUUGCCUGGCUGAUUAAUUUGCAGAAAGUAUGAUUGGGCGUAUAGCAGUGGGAUUAGUGGCGGGCUUUCUUGGCUAUACUUAUGUAGCUCUGAGGCCUCCCUCCCCCAAAAUAUGCGGCUCACGGGGCGGUCCUCCGGUGACUUCUCUGAGGGUCAAACUUGGUGAUGGCAGGCAUUUGGCUUACAAGGAGAGAGGUCUUCCCAAGGAACAAGCCAAGCACAAGAUCAUUGUUGCCCAUGCCUUUGGUGACUCUAAAGGCCUCAAAUUACCAAUUUCUGAAGAACUCCUGAAGGAGCUCCAGAUAUAUAUUGUGGCGUUUGAUCGUGCAGGCUAUGGAGAAAGUGAUCCAAAUCCAAAACGGUCCGUGAAAAGUGAUGCAUUUGAUGUUCAAGAACUUGCUGAUAAAUUGCAACUUGGGCCCAAGUUUUAUGUGAUUGGCAUUGCCCUCGGAGCAUAUCCCGUUUACGCCUGCCUAAAGUACAUCCCACAUAGGUUAACGGGUGCUGCACUCGUAGUUCCCCUUACUAAUUACUGGUGGCGCUGCUUUCCGGCCAAGCUAUCAGAAAUAGGCUUAAGUGGACUGGUUCCUCAAGACCGGUGGGCUUUCACUGUUGCACACUAUGCACCAUGGCUGUUGCACUGGUGGCUGACACGGAAAUGGAUCCCAUCGUUUAGUAUCUUGGAAGGAAAGACAGAUGUUUUCAGCUCCUCAGACCUGGAGAUUCUGAAACGCUUGGAUGGACCUCAAAAUGAAGAGCAGGCAAAAGUAGAGCAACAAGGCGCUCAUGAGUCAUUGUACAGAGACCUAAUGGUGGGUUUUGGAAAAUGGGAGUUUGAGCCGACAGAUAUAAGCAACCCUUUUCCAGACAAUGAAGGCCAUGUCCAUAUGUGGCAAGGAUAUGAAGACAAGGUUUGUCGUUUUGAGCUGAAUCGAUAUAUAGCCGAGCGAGUCCCGUGGAUUCAGUAUCAUGAGGUUGCUGAUGCAGGGCAUCUGCUGAUCCAUAAGGCAGCUGAUUGUGAGGCCAUAUUUAGGGCACUUGUGUCAUCUUAAUACACAGGCAUGUGAUGUUGGCUGAUAAUGCUUCUGUUGAAACGAAAACAGGCUAUGUAUGUAAAUGUUGGAAAGAUUUCUAUGUUUAGAAUAAUUGUAGAUCAUGAAUCUAGAGCUUUCAAGCUUAAAAUACAUUGUUGUUUAUUCCUUGAAUCUUUAUUAAAAUUCAUUUUGCUACCUUA